ACCACCAGCAUCCUCAACGACUCAGUCACGUUUAGUCAAUUUGUCAGUGCACUAGUCAUGGGCGCCACCAACCUCGCCGCGACAACAAGUUCGCAGUGGAUGUUUCCGCUCUCCGCGCUACACAACACCCCAAGCAGGGCCACAUCCAACAUCCCUCUAGAGAAAGAACUGUACGACCGUAGUAGAGGCGUAGAGUUCCUCUACAGACUCGGUGUAUCCCUCGGCUUGCCGUCUUCCGCAAUGUACACGGCGGCGACCUGGUUCCACCGCUUCUACAUGCGGUACUCCAUGGAGGAUUAUCACCGACAGGACGUCGCCGCCUCUUGCAUAUUCCUGGCCACCAAGACCGAAGAGUGCGGCCGCAAGCUGCGCGACGUCGCGAAGGUCGUUUGCUCCAAAGUCUCCCACAUCGACAUUUCGAAGAUCAAAGACGACAGCAAAGAAGUCGAGGAGUGCCAGACCAGCAUCCUGCUGACUGAGGAGGUCCUGUUGGAGGGCCUUUGUUUCGACUUCGUGGUGGACAGUCCGCAAGCCGACCUCGUCGACCUCUUCGACGCCUGCCCCAAUAGUACGCACAUCGAGGAGUGCGCGUGGUCCAUCGCGAACGACUCCUACCGCACGCCGCUAUGCCUGCUUUAUCCGACACGAAUUAUAGCGGCUGCUUGCUACGUGCUUGCCGAGCGCGCACUUGAGGGGCCCCAGUCGUCGUCAUUGGACGACCGGAUCGCGUCCCCCGCCCCGUCCGCUUCCCUUCCCACACCCCCAUCCCACAAGUCGCCGUGGGCCGGCACCUCCCGCCGCGCGAUCGAGCACUUUGGCUUCAACGAGACCGAGCUCGCGUCUGUCGCAGACGCACUCGGCGUGCUGCUCGAGUACUACGGCGCGCAGGACCUGCAGGGCGCGUGCGAGUUCCUGUCUGCUGUGGCUUCGAUUCCGCCACCGCACAGCUGCGCACACCGAGAAGCUCUGUAUAAGCCGUUCGCGCACGUUGCCGCUGCGGCGACCGCGCCUGUGAACGCGGUGACACCGGAGCACGCUAUCAGCCAGGGUGCCACUCCCUCGCAGGGGGGAAGCACCCCGGGGAAACCAGCCGCGGGCGCGUGGAAGCCGGUGUCGGAGCCCGCUCCAUGA